AUGGCUCGACAGCCGUCACGGUCGACGAUCCCGUCCAAGAGGCCUGCGACAUCGCCCACAGAAGCUCCGACGCGUCCAGGACGGCCUCCUCCCCUCGCCCCGCGCGCUCUCUCUCCUCUCCUCCAUCCUUAUCCAUCGACGAUUCCGCCUAGAAGGCCUGCGACGCCGCCCACAGAAGCUCCGACACGUCCAGGGCGGCCUCCUCUCCUCCAAUCUCAUCCAUCGACGAUUCCGUUCAAGAGGCGUGCCACACCGCCCACAGAAGCCCCGACACGUCCAGGGCGGCCUCCUCCCCCUUCCAUCCUCCCUCCUCUCGCUCAACGCGCUCUCUCUCCCCCUCCUCCACCAUCGACGCCCGUCCGACGUCGACCCGAACCGCCAGCCUCGUGCUUUCUCCUCGCCGAACAAUGGGCGUCCAUCCAAAGUUUUCAUGCCGCCAUGGAUCACGUCAAGAUGGAGACCUGCAGCCGCUGUCACGCACGGUGGUUCUCCAUGGAUGUGAAGAAUGACAUCUGCCAUGCCUGUUUCUUGCGGGAUCAGGGCGGCAAGACUCCCUUUCUCAUGUCCGCCGAGAACGCCAUGGACCCGGGAGAGCGGCCGGCCCAUCUGCCCGCCCUGACCCAAAUCGAGGAGAUGAUUGUCGCCCGGUCGCAUGUGCAAAUGAUGGUCUAUCGCUACCGGGGCCACCAGUACCACUACUCGGGACACUUUCCGGUCGGAUUUUCGGGUUCGAAAGGGACAUGCCAUGACCUGGCUGCGGUUUCUCCAGGCCCACCACCCGGAUUACCGGUAUGUCACCAUUCCCCGGAUCGGAUCGACGCUCUCCCGAUCGAUGACGACAUAUCCUCAUCGUUUCUCGCUCUGAUCGACGAUACGGGUAUGGAGGAGGAACCCCCCGCGCCCGAACAACCGGUGUCCGCCGAGCUGCUCCCGCCGGAUUCUCAAUCGAUGGUCCCCAAUCUCAAUAUCACCACGACUGAGGUGGACCUGAUCGUGAGAGAGAUCGCCAGCCGGAAUUCCCCCCCUGCCGGCCUUCCCGCCCCCUCGAUUCGACAGACCCCCAUCGACGAAGCGUCGGGCAAAGAUCGGAUCUUUGCCAUGGCCUUCCCGACAUUGUAUCCGACGGGCCAGGCCGAUUUCAACACUCCCCGGAUACGAAAGGUGAGUUUGACCGAUUACGCGCGACAUCCGACGUGCUUUCACGACGGCAGGUUCGGCCGGCACCCGCGCUGGCGGUUUUUCGUCUUCAACCUCCUCAUGCGUCGAAAGGCCAACGGGGCGGCCCGCUUCUACGUGUCGGAGGCGUCCGGUCCCAAGGAUCUCAGCCGGGAAGAGCUGACGGAAGCCCUACUGGUCCGCGAUGCCCUCCUCCCUCAGAUUGUGCCCAAGGGUUCCGAUCUGACGGGGACGCGCCCGUUUUGGAGGAAUAAGAGCAACCACAUACAGGCCCGGGCCCGCUUUCUCUCGCCCGGCACGUCGCCUAUUUUCGUGACUUUAAGCGCAGUUGACAUGCAGUGA